AUGGAUUUCACUGGAUCUUUCCUCCCCCCUCCUCCCUCUUCCAACUCUUCUAGCCAGUUGUUCCAACCAGACGAGUCCCCCCUUAUGCUGUCUGCAGGGGGUUCAGUCGCGGGUGUCGGCGGUGCUGGUGGGGGAGGGGGAGGGGGAGUGUUGGGAUCUGUAGCAGUUGAGGGGUCUUGUCUGAGUGACGUCACUUGUGUGGUGUGUGGGGAUGUGUCCAGUGGUAAGCACUAUGGCAUCUAUGCAUGUAAUGGCUGCAGUGGAUUCUUCAAGCGCAGUGUGAGGAGGAACUUGAACUACAGGUGUCAGAAUGGGGGCAAUGCAUGUGUUAUUGACAAAGUCCAUCGGAACCAGUGCCAGGCAUGCAGACUCUCCAAGUGCCACCUCAAAGGCAUGAACAGGGACGCUGUGCAAAAUGAGCGGCAGCCUCGAGCAAACGUGUUCGUGUCUCAGUCGGCUGCUAAAUCUCUCAGCGUGAACAAAUACCGAGGAGGAGCUACGAGAAUCCAGGCAGCCCCCAUAGUGAUGACACGCGGCCCCUCCAAUGAUUCAGCACCCAGGGCCAUGAACCGAGUCAGCCAAAAUCCAUUGGCAAUGACUCCAGUCUCUUGGCCUCCACCUUUCAACUUCAGCAUGGGUGUGGUGCCAAACUUACUGCCAAUCAACUUUUGUUCACGAGAGGCUUCAAUGAUGGCCCACAGAAACACCCUCCUUCUGAUGAACAACUCAAGUGGCAUUAGCUACAAUGCUGUCCCCAAUCAGAGCCUUGGCUCUGAGUUCCCAAAGGAAUCAGAUCAGCCGCAAAUUCAAUCGCACAAAACAGGAAUGAAUGAAAAUGAAGCCACUGCAGAUGCAGAUGCAAAACAGACUAUGCCAGAUGAUGUGACAGCAGAGACCUACAAGAAUGAGUACAUGGAUGCAAUAUUGAGAGAAGUUGUCAAGUGGCUGCAGCACUUGGCUCCUCUCGGGUUAUUCAACAACGAAAGCAAGACCAAGUUGGUUAAUGGGAGUCUGCUCAGUCUGGCUAUCAUCACUGCCAGUCAGUUGAACAUGGAGAAACAACUACUCCACUGGCUCCACCAACAACUACUGCUUGUGAACAAAGUGGAAAAGGGAGCAGAUUCUUCCAGAAGAAAUGAGGACAGUUCGUCUGUUGACCUUUUGGUUCGCACUUGCUUGUUGGUGUUUGAGGAGCUGAACACACAGGCUCUCAAUGUGAUGGAAUUUGCAGCUCUGAGAAGCAUCCUCAUUUUCUACCCAUAUAACUCUGAGUUGGAUGCAGAAAUGACCGAGUUGAGCAAGCGCCUCUAUGACCAGGUGUGCAUCAUGUUAUUACACCACUGUGUCGCCAACCACUCCGCACAGCCAAUCAGAUUUAGCCGACUUCUGAGCUGUGCCAUUUCAACUAAACUAAUUCCAAGCUCGAAAGCAGAAUUGAUCAGACAGAAUCUGCCGUUCAGCAGAGAGUUCAAACAAAUAAUUCACACCACAGAAACUGCACAGAUGCAGCAGCAAUGA